AUGAAUCGAGACAUUGAUAAUAACACACAUGAUGACGAUGAAGAGGACACAACGUCAACAUUAAAUGAAGAUGAAAGCCAGCAGACUGACGAAGAUUCAAACAUUCGCAUUUACUUGCGUAUGAAGCCGUCAAAAAAACCGUCAAACUUUUUUUCGUGGGAUGAAGAGACUAAUAUGAUGCAGUAUGAUAUUCCAAAAGAUGUUGCAGCUGGACUCAUCAACAACUCGCGUACAUCAUACAAAUUUCGAUUUGAUUCGGUCAUUGGUAUGGAAGCCAAACAGGAAGAAGUCUUUGACCGAGUCGGACGUCCUUGUGUCGAGAGUGCAUUGAACGGCUUUAAUUCGACCGUUUUUGCAUACGGACAAACUGGAUCGGGAAAAACUUUUACUAUCACUGGUGGAGCAGAGCGAUACGACGAUCGCGGACUUAUUCCUCGUGCGUUGUCAAUGAUUUUUGAGCGAAUGCGCAAUAACCACGAACAGAUCAUAGCUCACGUCUCAUAUCUAGAAAUUUACAACAAUCAAGGCUAUGAUCUUUUGGAUCCGAAUCAUGAAUCAACAACGUCGUUAGAAGAUCUACCGCGUGUGGCAAUGCUGGAAGAUGAAGACGGAAACUGCCACUUACGCAACUUGUCCAUGCAUCCCGUCACAACGGAGGAAGAUGCCUUGAAUCUGCUCUUUUUAGUGGGGAGUGAAGUGGUUCUACGCUCCAAGCUGCAUCUUGUCGAUCUAGCAGGAUCGGAGCGAGCACAUAAGACUGGUGCAAAGGGACAACUACUGCGUGAAGCUGCGUACAUUAACACAAGCUUACACUAUCUUGAAAUGGUCAUUGUGGCAUUACAUGAAAAGAAUACCAAGGGUAGGACACAUAUUCCAUAUCGAAAUUCCAUGAUGACAUCGGUACUUCGUGACUCGCUCGGCGGCAAUUGUAAGACGGUCAUGGUCGCGACAGUGAGUCCUGAAAAGAACCAAACUGAUGAAUCCGUGUCAACGUGUCGUUUUGCUCAGCGAGUGGCGCGUGUCAAGAAUGACGCGCGGCUGAAUGAAGAAAUUGAUCCUGCAGUGAUGAUUCGCCAGCUUAAAGCGCGUGUAGCUUGCCUUGAAGAGGAAAUUGCUGUCCUUAAGGGAGAUGUGAAUGAAGGCGCAGAGCUCAAAGAGUACGAAAUGGAUAAGCUGCGACAAAAGUGUUUGGCGUUUGUAAAUGAUAUGGAUCCAGACGCCCACUUGUCGAUGGGAGAGUUUACCUACACGAGGAUGAAGGCAUGUUUUGAAAUUCUUAAGGGUAUGGCAAAAGGUACAGGUGAGUCAGCAGCGUCUGGAUGCAAUUCCAUUGGAAGUUCUGGUGUCAAACUUCUUUCGGCUGGUAGUGGUGGGAAUAAUCUUGAGCUCGAGCAACGAGUUCAUGAACUUGAAGAGCUCGUUCAACAGCGUGACAAUGAAGUUGCCAUUAUGGUCAACAUGAUCCGAAAGGAAUCAGGGGCUCUCAUACCUGCAGAGCUACAAACGAGAGGGUUCGUUAAGUACACAAGUAAUCAGGACGAGCCAAAAGAUGGGAUGCUACGAACGAAGCAAAGUGCGUUAAGCAAGCCAUUGAGUAACUACGCAUCAUCUUUGAAGAUUGAUCCAGCGAUAUUAGACGACCCAGUUAAAGCAUUUGAAGCCUUUAAGACACAAUAUCCAAAGAAUGACGCGAUUCGGGACAAUAAAGUUGCUCUCAAGCGUAAGUAUGACGCAGCUAAAGCUCUUGCGAAUGAAGUGAAUGAUGCACGGAAUCAGAUAAAGGCGUUAACGGUACAAAUUGAGAAGCUCCGAAAGCAGCAAGCAAUGGCCAAUGAAGGUUUACUAGGGACAAGAGACGAAGACGAAACUUUUAGUCCAGAUUCAACAAUGGCGACUGCAGCUCGAGCAGAUUUUGACACCGCAGAACAAAAUCUGAAAGCUCAAAUCGACAUGCAUAAAAGUGCGUACAAGAAAGGGUUUAAUGAGUUGAGUGAGCUGAAAAAGGAGAUUCAACAUAUUCAGAAGAUGCUCGAAAUGGGGCGUCUUAAGUUACAAAAAGAGUUUGACUUGUGGUACCAGCGGCAAGGAAAAGGAGCUCUUUUGACGGAAACGCUUCUCGCUCAAGCCAAGCCAGACGCCAAAAACGCUUUUGAUAUUCAAUCGGUGGAGUCAAAACCAACCAAAUUUACUUCCGAAGAACGACCUGAACGAGUAGUUUGUAAAUCAACAGCUUGGGAUCCACAACUUACUUCCAAAAGCACCUCUUCGUCAGCAAGACUGAGUACUGCUAGCACGGUUGAUGACGAUGUUUCGGAGUUUUACGAAGCUCUUGAUAUUCUUAAGCGUCGCAAUAAGACAAGAAAGUAA